ACGUCAAUACGUCAACAUAACCUCAAAAACCGCUGUCACUCUGACACCCCUGUCAGAAUGGAUUAGUUAACAAAAUAACAACACUAUCUCAAAAAUGGUAUCAAACGGCGAUAAAUGGGUCCGCAUCUUCGACAUCCCCGAAGUCAGCAAACACAGAAAGGGUUUCACCAUUUACAAGGUCAUUUCGAUGCUGUACCCGGAAACGUGCCCAGACGCGAUAACAAAAAUCACCGUGUGGAAACGUUUCAACGACUUCAAGAAACUCCAUCGAGAAAUCAAAGUUUUACACAAUAAACUCAACAUCAGGGACAAGUAUCCGAGCUUACCCAGUUCGACGUUUUUCAAAAGGUACCGUACAACAAUUAAUUCAUUAACCACAUUUCGGGCGUUUAGAUUCGACGAAGAAACCGUCCAAGCGCGGAAACAAAGCAUUCUGAAUUUUUUGGAGUACGUGGGUUACCACUCGCACCUAUUCACUUCAAACGAGUUCGUCAAGUUUUUCGAGUCGAGUCACACCCCCGUCGAGCAACUGAGCAGUAAUAUUAACUCGAUACGAGCUGACUUGAACUUGCCGGAAGACCCUGAGUACUACAUGGGGAAUUCUGAUGAUGAUCGUACAAUUAGCGACACAGACUCUAUAACAACCAGUAGCGACUUUUUCACAGACUCAGCCCCCCAAAGUAUAAAACAGCUCUCUAAAUCUAAACUCAGCCUGAACACUUCGAUCACGUUCUCGCACCACUCCAAAAAUUCUGAUUCUAUAAGCGUGUCGACUACGACGGACAGUAUAACGCUUCUGGACGGGCACAUUUAUCCUACACCCCCGAAUACUCCUCACUGUGGCGACGGUUUCGCGCAGUAUAUUAUAGACGCUUCGAUACAUGUUAAUAUAGCGGUGGAGUUGGAAAGCGAGAAGAAGUAUGAGGCGGCUUUUACGGCAUACAAAACGGCGAUUGAUAUUUUGUUGAAAUACGGGAAAGAUGAUAAGGAUUAUGAGAGGAGGCAGAUGGUGAGGUAUAAAACAGAUAAAUAUUUGAUUCGGGCUGAGAAAAUUUAUAACAUGUAUCUGGCGACGGAGGUGCAGAAUCUGAAGCAAAUUACAAAAAAUGAGGACACCCGCAAGCACGACGAUCGCUACUUACAACGACCAAUCUCAGACCUCUACAAAUACAAAGUCGUUCGAGUCAUCGCCUCCGGUAUGUUAGUGCUGCACGCCGAACUCCAGCAACUCUUUUAUAUAAAGGUUAUACACAAAACCAUGAAAUUCCUCAACGACAAUUUAAUUUUACCUGAAAACGUGCCUUAUAUGGUUAGACUACACAACUACUACAACUGCGAAAAUGCCUUAUUUCUAGUUCUAGAGUACUGUAGCGGAAAGCAACUUUGGGACUACCUGAAAUACCGCUCGGAAAACCCCGACGACGUUUACCCCCACGACCAACUCCUGCGCCAGGUCCAGGACAUGGAUCUCUCCGACCCCGAGUCCGAGCACAGCUACAGCGAUCUAAUCAACGAUUACGCAAGCAACAAAAGCAAGAACGUCCGAAGUACAAAAUGCGAUGUCGAAAAUGAUUUUCUGAGCAGCGACGAUAGCUACGAAAAAGUCAAUUUAGGAGAUUUAAUCAGCUCGAAUAGGAACUUAAUGGACGAACCUGUACCAUCCGGCGUUCGCCUUCCAGACUUAUUAACAAAAUCGUCACAACUCGAUUGCGAGAUAAAGAGAAAUUCAGGAAACAACGGCUCGGUUGCAGACAGGAGGAAGAUCAGCGAGAUGUCGAGUUUUGACGAUGUCGACAUAGCGCAGAGCUUUCUGGUUCCUGUGGGGGACGUGGUGAAGUGGGCGGCUCAGCUGGUGUUGGCGCUGGAGAAGCUGCACACCUUAGGGGUCACGUGUCAGGACUUGCAAUCUCAUAAUUUGCUUGUGGACGAAGAUGGCGACUUAAUUUUGACGUAUAUGUGCAAUGCUAACGAGAUGUCGGAGGUGUUUUGUAACGGGAGGUCACUGCUUGUAGCACCUGAACUGUAUACGUUUGAGCCCAUCACAAACGCGGUGGAUUGGUGGUGUUUCGGCACAAUCUUGUACGAGCUUCUAGUUGGAAUGCCUUUAAGUUCGAUUCAUCCCGAUGGUCUGUCUAGUUGUACUAAUUUGAAGAUUCCUAGGUAUGUUUCACCCGAGGGGAGAUCGUUGCUGAGACAGUUGUUGACGACUGAGCCACAGAAGAGGUUAGGUUUCGGCGUCAACGGCACCGAAAGCUUGAAGUCUCACCCGUUCUUUCAUUCAGUGUCUUGGGAGAAUUUGCUUUCAAAGUACAAUUAUUGAUGUUUUUAUUUCAAAGUGACUGAUUUUUGUCUUAUUGUUUCACUAGUUUGUAUGCUUUAACUCUUGUUAUUGUUUUCACGUUUAUACAGUAUUGAACACUUUCAUUAUAGACAUUCCGUGUAUUUUGUUGCUCUUUUACGUAAAUAAUAAAGCUAUUUUAGAAAA